GGGAGCUGCUUACACUUGGAAGUGGGGAAGGGCAUCGUCCAUCCAUCUCCAUGGCAACACGGCCGGGCCCUUUGACUGAAUGGCCAUGGCAGUGGAUGGGAAGCUUCAAGUACCUGGUCUUGGCGCCUGCGGCGUUGCACACUGCGCACAGGGUGGUCACCAAGGGGUGGGGGGACAUGAGCCUGGCAUACGCCGCCAUGUUACCAGCUCUGCUUCUGAGGAUGAUCCAUAACCAAAUCUGGAUCAGCUUGUCUCGCCACCAGACCGCACGCAGGAAGCACAUCAUCGUCGACCGUGGACUUGAAUUCGACCAGGUGGACCGGGAGAGUUCCUGGGAUGACCAGAUCAUCUUCAAUGGGCUGUUCUUCUACCUGGCCUACGCAGCCGUCCCGAAUGUCAGUCGCAUGCCGGUGUGGAGAACAGACGGAGCCAUCAUCACCGCCUUGCUUCACAUAGGACCUGUCGAGUUCCUGUACUACUGGUUCCACAGGGCGCUGCACCACCAUUUCCUCUACUCUCGCUACCACUCACACCACCACGCCUCCAUCGUCACAGAGCCCAUAACCUCUGUCAUCCAUCCAUUUGCUGAACACGUGGUUUAUUUCCUGCUAUUUUCGAUCCCCAUGAUGACACCAAUUUUUAUGGGGUGUGGUUCUGUCCUGGCUGUUGUCUUGUACAUCACGUACAUCGACUUCAUGAACAAUAUGGGGCACUGCAAUUUUGAGCUGGUGCCAAAGCGCGUCUUCCAUGUCUUCCCUGCUCUCAAGUACCUCAUGUACACUCCCUCGUUUCAUUCUCUACAUCAUACACAGUUUCGUACAAACUACUCGUUGUUCAUGCCGUUCUAUGACUACAUAUACAACACCAUGGACAACUCAACUGACGAGCUGUAUGAGAGAGCACUGAAAGGAACAGAAGAAACACCAGAUCUUGUCCACUUGACGCAUAUGACCAACUUGCGAUCGACUUAUCAUCUUAGGGUUGGGAUUGCCUCUAUAGCCUCCAGACCAUCGGAAAGCCCUGUAUGGUAUAUGUGGAUGAUAUGGCCAGUGGCAUGGCUGUCAAUGGUACUGGCAUGGGUUUAUGGAUCUUCUGCGUUUGUCGUUGAAAAUCACACACUGAAGAAGUUCAAGAUGCAAACAUGGGCAAUACCAAGAUACAACUUCCAUUAUGGCUUGAUUUGGGAGAGAGAAUCCAUCAACGGCUUAAUUGAGAAGGCAAUACUAGAUGCUGAUGGAAGAGGGGUCAGAGUGCUCAGUCUAGGACUGUUAAAUCAGGCAAAACAACUCAAUGGAGGUGGUGAAUUAUUUACAAAAAAAUAUCCAAAAUUAAGAGUUCGACUUGUUGAUGGAAGUGGCUUAGCAACUGCAGUGGUGCUCAAGAGCAUCCCUUUAGAUACAAAGCAGGUUUUUCUUUGUGGAAGCAGUUCUAAGGUAGCCCACGCCACAGCUACAGCUUUAUGUGAGAGAGGUGUCCAGGUAAUCAUGAACCAAAAGAAGGAAUAUGACAUGCUCAAGUUGCGAGUUCCAGAGAGCAGCACUGGCUAUCUGAAAUUCUCCAGUGAUGAAAUACCCCAGAUCUGGAUAGGAGAUAUCAUAGACGAUAAGCAACAACGGAGGGCACCAAGUGGAACAAUAUUUAUUCCUACAUCACAGUUUCCCCUUAAGAAGACACGCAAGGAUUGCACCUACCUGGGUAGCCCAGCAAUGAAGAUCCCGGAGACAAUGCAGAACGUUCACACCUGUGAGAAUUGGCUUCCAAGAAGGGUGAUGAGCGCAUGGCGCAUUGCCGCGAUAAUACAUGCUCAGGAAGGUUGGAACAUGCAUGAGUGCGGAGAUGAUAUGAUGGACAUCGAAAAGGUUUGGUCGGCAGCUAUUAGGCAUGGAUUCAUUCCUCUGUCAAAGGCUUGAUUCUUCUGAAUCCUGGCAGAAAUGUUACUCGGCAAUGAUGCAAAGUUAAGAUUCAGUGUUAAAAGAAUAAGGAGUGUCAGAUAUGCUUAUCAGCUUGCUAGCUUCAUCGAGCAGGGUCCGCAUAUAUCUAGAUAGAAAGCCAUAAGUGUGAUAUCCAUACUACUCAUAGGUAUAUACUGUAUGUAUGAGUAAUCAACUUGUAGAAAAUUAUCAAAGCAAUCAUCAGAC